AACUGCAGACGCAUUCACGAGCUCUAUGGAAGUAUAGGGUUUUGUUUGAUUGGGAUUCCUGAAGAGAUUUGUAUAAUUGUAUUCAAGUAGGAAAAACAGUGAGAUCUAUUGCCCUCUAGUGCUCAUUCUUCGCCGGCGCCUGGUUUGGAAUGAUUGUGAUCUGAAAUUUUGUACUUUAUUCUCUGUCUCUGCUAUCCUUCUAACAGAUAGCUUUUAGUUCUUAAAAAUAUUAUUCACUGUUUAAUUCAAUCAGUAUGUUUAUUAGCAAAAUACGCAUUCAGUUUUUACACGAACAAUUCAAUACAUAAACAUCCAGGAAUGAUGAUAAUAUACGUAAGUUUCAUGAUCGGUAGAAUUUAGAAGUUUAGGAGUUUCCAUGGGCGAUGCAGAUGAUGCCGCGUGGAGAGAUGUGAUGUGCCCAAAAAUAUAAGGAAUAGGAAGUGGUUAUUCUGUUGCCCUAAGGAUUAGGAUGUGAUGUAAUAAUGCUCUUCCUCGGAAUGGUGGAGUAGGGAUUUGGUGCUGAUUUCGCCCAUUUUUGGUUAUUUCUUCUCUUCCAGAUUUCGCCAGUUUUCUUUUGAUUUUUCUGUGGGGAAUAAAAAAAUAAUAAAAUUAGUGUGAUGGUUUACACGUGGGAUUUUGUUGGAUAGUGGAGAUGGUUGCGCAGAAAUGCGAAUGGAUCAUUUUGUGUGCUGUAUUAUCUUCUGUUUUUUUGUUUUUUUUUUUUUUAAGUGGGAAACAGUGACUCGGUUGCCAAGGAAUUUUGUCGCGACAUGGGUAACUGUAGGGACGAUGUGGUCGAAAACUUUGACCUUGGAGUCAGCUAAUAUAAAUCUUGGGCACAAAAGCUGCUUCUCUUUUCUCAUUAUUUUUAUAAUUUGUAUGUUUACUUUAUAACCAAAAGCUUCUUUUCAGUUGGGGGUUCAUCAUUGUAUUGUUGAAUGUGGGAUCAAAGCAGUGUUGUUCAUUCAACAAGACGUGAUACUGUUGUGGCCGUUGAAAGUCUUCCUGGCCAACCCAGUGUCACUUUCAGACACUAUGCCGGCUAUGUAACAGUAAACGAACAGAAUGGAAGGGCUCUCUUCUACUGGUUUUAUGAAGCCACAAAUCUUGCUGAUGAAAAACCUCUCGUGCUGUGGCUAAAUGGAGGUCCCGGCUGUUCUUCUGUGGGAUAUGGAGCAACACAAGAGAUUGGACCUUUUCUCGUGGAUAUGGAUGGACGAGCAUUGAAAUUUAAUCCUUUCUCGUGGAACACAGAAGCCAACAUGUUGUUCCUCGAGUCUCCAAUUGGCGUUGGCUUCUCAUACUCAAAUACUAGUAGCGACUAUGAUAUUCUGGGCGACGACUUUACAGCAAAUGAUGCUUAUGCUUUCCUGCAAAAGUGGUUCCUCAAUUUUCCCUCAUAUCGAAACCGGCCAUUUUAUAUUGCUGGAGAAAGCUAUGCAGGGAAAUAUGUUCCUGAGCUUGCUGAAAUCAUCCAUGACAAGAACAAAGAUCCCUCCUUGUUAGUUGAUCUUAGAGGCAUACUGCUGGGAAAUCCAGAAACAUGCGAUGCCGAAGACUGGAAAGGCAUGGUGGAUUAUGCCUGGAGCCAUGCUGUUGUCUCGGACGAAACCCAUGAAAUCAUCAAGCAAACCUGUGAUUUCUACAGCAACAAUACAUGGAGUAACAGCAACUGCACGGGCGCCGUGGAAGAACUACUUAGCCAGUAUAAAGAGAUUGACAUCUACAGCCUUUAUACGUCGGUUUGUAUAGGAAACUCAUCUGGUUCAUCGGAUAAAUCAGCUCACACUCUCAUCACUUCCAAGAGCUCAAUAUCGAAGAUGAUGCCAAGAGUGAUGGGUGGCUACGAUCCGUGCUUGGAUGACUAUGCAAGAUCAUAUUAUAAUCGGCACGAUGUCCAGAGGGCCCUCCAUGUUAUCUCUCAAGAAACCAAAAGUAGUGUGAGGAACUGGAGCAUAUGCAACAUGACCGUGUUCGAUAGCUGGUCCGAUUCCAAGGGAUCGGUUCUUCCCAUAUACAAGAAACUGAUUUCUGAAGGGCUCCGAAUAUGGGUGUACAGCGGAGACACUGAUGGCCGGGUUCCUGUGCUGUCGACUCGAUACAGUUUGAGCUUGUUGGGGCUUCCGAUCAAGGCGUCGUGGAGACCCUGGUACUAUCAGAAACAGGUUGGAGGAUGGUUUCAAGAGUACCAUGGACUUACAUUUGCAACGUUUAGAGGAGCUGGCCAUGCUGUCCCCAUAUUCAAACCAGGCGAGUCCCUCGCCUUCUUGGCCGCUUUUCUCGCCGGGGGAUCUCUACCUUCCCGGAGGUCAUGA